AUGACUUAAUUAUUAAAUAAUAAAUACAAGGUUAUUCAAGAAAUAGGAAAUGGAUCAAUAGGAAAGGUAUUCCUUUGCUAAUUUGAUGACACUUAAGGUAAUUAGAUUUAAGUUGCUGUUAAGCAAAUAUCAGAUCAGACUAUAUUAGGGUAGCAAAAUAAAUAUCUUGCUUAAGAACUUAAUACUAUCUAAAUGUUAAUAGAUCAAAUGAAUAAUGGAAAUAAAUGUGAUCAUGUUUUACAAUGCUAUGAAAUAUUUUAAGAAUAGUAAUAAUAUUACAUCGUAAGUGAAUUUUGCUAGCUUGGCGAUUUAUACUAAUACUUAUAUCGAAAUCAUUAGAAUUUAUCCACCUAAAAUUAUCUUGAUAUUAUCAUUUAAAUAGCUAAAGGAAUUUAAUACCUACAUAAUAUCAAUUUAGGACACAGAGAUUUAAAACCUGAAAAUAUACUUAUUAGAUACAAUAAAGGUCUCUAGUUAGUUAUUACAGAUUUCGGAGUAUCAUCUUUUUAAAAUAUGAAAUCAACUGUUGGAACUAUAAAUUAUAUGGCUCCAGAAAUUUUGAAAUUUAAUUAAAGCUAUGACAAAGCAGUAGAUAUAUGGAGCCUUGGUUGCAUAAUGCACGAAAUAAUUUACAAUGAACAGCUAUUUAAUGGCAAUACAACAUAGUAGGUAGUAAGUAAGAUAAGAAAUUUUAAAUUAUACUAAUAAAUAGAUUAGAGACCUUUCCUUACAGAUCUAAAUUAGAUUAUUUAAAGCUGCUUAUCUCUAGAUGCCUCAUAUAGACCAACUAUACAAGAUAUACUAAAUAGAUUAGAUGAGCUAUAUAGUAAAAUUAAAAAUAAUGAGCACAUAGAUCAAGAUUAAAAUUAAAUUAUCAAUUAAUAAAAUGGAGAUUAAAGAUAUGAUUAAUCAAACUUCACACUAACAAAUACAAGUUUCUAAACAUUAAAUCAAAAUUAAACUUAAUAAGACAAUGAUUUUAGAUAAGAAAGAACUAUCUAAGAUAAUUUCCUUUAAAAAUUAAUCAUAGAAUGCAUAUAAAACGAUCCUAUAAAUGAGACCUAAUAUAGGGAAUUUUAACAAAAUAAUGAAAAAUAGUUUGUAGAUAUAAAAUCAAUUGAAAAGUAUUUUAAAAAUUUUUCAAAUGAUUUACGUAGUGAUGAGUGA